AUGCGUCUAUCGAUUUGACGUCAAUUUCGGGGAAUCGUAGAGGUUGCACGAUAUUUCUCAAUAUCGAUAUAUAUUUUUCAACGCGAUUUUCCAAGUAAUUAUAACAAAUAUGAUCAAUACUUCUCGGAAUAAAGCACGAAACGAUCGAACGAUUAUCUAUACAACAAAAUCACGGGUCUUUUUUUAAAUUUUUAUUAUCUUGGUGUCCCGUCGAAUUGCCGAUUAUUAUUGACGAUGUGUGCUGGCAUUGCAAGAUUACAAGAUCACGGGUCAAUUCUAAUCUGUCUUUCGAUAAGAGAAUCAUCGAGUUCCGCAAGAGACGUGCAACCGAAUCUCACCGUUUAUCAGAAUGAAAAAAGGGACGAGUAUGAAUUAGGCGCUUAUGGUUACGGUAAGAAUAACGUCAAGUUGUUGUAUGUGCGCCGGGACAAUGCGUUACAUCAUGAAAUUCGCGAAUACGAAGUGGACACGCACUUGCGUCUGAUCUCCCAGAAGGAUUACAUGGAGGGUGACAAUCACGAUAUCAUCGCGACUGACAGCCAGAAGAACACGGUUUAUCUUAUGGCGAAGAAGCACGGCAUUCGAUCGCCCGAAGAAUUCGCUCUUCUCCUUUGCUCUCACUUUCUCUAUACGUACGAGCAGAUAGCGGAAGUCAGUAUCAAUGUCGAGGAAUAUCCGUGGAAUAGACAUUACGUUGAUAAAGUACCUCACAAUCACGCCUUUGUCAUGAGCCCCACCGCGACGCGAUAUUGCCAAGUCAGCCAGCUCAGAAAUGAAUCUCCACGAAUUCGCGGUGGAUUGAAGGGACUGCGACUAUUGAAGACUACACAGAGCUCGUUCACGGAUUUCAUUCAGGACGACUAUAGAACGUUACCAGACAUGAACGAUCGUAUUUUCAGUACUGUCGUAACGACUACCUGGGACUUCUCCACCGCUACCGGUGUGGAUUUCGAUAAGGUGUGGUACACGGUGAGGGAUUGUAUUAUGGAGAAUUUUGCAGGUCCCCCGGACACAGGAAUUUACUCACCUAGUGUGCAAAAUACGCUUUAUCUCACGGAAAAAUCUAUACUUGACAAAGUCAAGCAAAUUUAUAGCAUCGAGAUGCAAAUGCCGAACAAGCAUUAUUUCGAUCUGGAUCUCAGCAAAUUCUCCAAACUCGUACAAGGGCAAAACAAAGAAGUUUACCUACCCAUGGAUAAGCCAUCGGGUAUUAUUUACGCACGAUUAAACAGAAAAAGUUUCUCUGCCAGAUUAUAAAUACAUGAUAUUAAGUUUGUUUUCUAAAACAAAGACGAAUAUUAAAUAUAAUAAUAUUACAUUUGAAAGUUAAAAGUGUUUACCACAGAUUUCUAUAUGUUAUACCUAGACUGCUAACAGCAAUGUGACAGAUGAAGCCAAGUCAGCUAUUUACAAUUGAGCAGAAUAUAUAGAUACAUAUAUAUUGUAUCAUAUUUACUGGAAGUUCAAUUUUGUCUUUUUAUCGCAUUCAGGCUGUUAAUCAAUAUUUAUCUUUGAAAAAAAGCUGCAAUAUUUCAUAUAAAAGUUUUAAUUUAUAAAUAUAUGUCAUUAUAUGAGACAUAGUAGUCUAGGUAUAACAUAGACAUAAAAAUAUAUUAUAAAAUAUAAUAUAUUUAAUUAAUAUUAAUUUUAAUAUUUAUUAUAUUUAAUUUACACAUAUAAUAUUAUUUAAUAUAUAAUUUCUAUGUCUAUGGAGAAUAAUAAUAGAAGUCUGUAGUAUUUACAAAAAAAUCUCUCGAUAACAUAGUGAUAUCGAUCAUGCAAAGGGCUAAGGAAACAAAAAACGCUUAAAUUGCGAGAGAACAUUUUUUUAUUCAGAAUGGAAUUAUUCGGGACGGGUUGUGAGAAAUUUUAGGUUAAAAUUUUUUAAAUAAAAGUAAAAAAAAAAAUUAUCGCGCAAAAUUGAAUAUGUUCCUGUUGGCUGUAGACCUGUACGAUGCGCCUCCACCAUGGUGGGAAACGGAUUGCGUGAAAUACGGGUAGGUCUCGUCACCGAUUUUCGAGUAACCUUCAAUUAAUCGAAGCGGGAUUUAUCGACGCAGAUUUAGUUACGUUCCCGUAAGAUCACGAUUAACGAUGCUGAUGGGAAGUCACGUAGUACGAUUAACGGAUCGUAAGUACAUGACACAACUGGCGUCGAAGCUGCAGGAAGAUUACGAGACGCGACAGAAGAUUCGCAUCGAACGAAGAAAAUUGAAGGACGUUUCGAUCGUACCGAAAUUGCGCGAAUUACCGCCUGGUUUAUUGCAGAAAAAGAUAAUUCCGCGACCUCAUCCGUGCACGCCGAAGUUUCACGCCAAGGCGGCUAAAAAGUGUAAACAACUUCCGGCACUCUUACUCGCGGAUGAUUUGCAGAAACCGUCAGAAACCCUAAGCGUGUAAUAAUUUACAUUUAUUUUUAACUCUUUCAACUGGCAUGCAAUCUGGUACAAAUAUGUAAAAAUACAAAAUAAAAACGCAGACGUUUUGAGAUGUCUACGCUUCUAAUAAAUAA